AUGAUUAGGAAAGAAGUGAGACUAUUAUUAUUAUCUGCUAAAAAUUUUAUUGAUCAACUUCCUUAAUAAAAAUAAUAAAGGGCUUCAUUAAAUCUAAUGAAAAUAGUAUAGGAAAAUAAACCUGAAGAUUAAAUAAUCAAAGAAAUACACUACUAAAUCAAUUUUCUGAAAUUAACAAAUCCAAAUAUUCCUUUCAAAUAAAUUACUUAAGAAGAUGAAAUAACUCCAGAAAGCAUUAUCUAAAAAUUGAAUGAGUAAUAGGAAUAAUAGUAAAAGAAGGAGGAUAUUGAUUUGAAAAAAGGUACUUAUAUUUAUUAAAAUGGAAAUUUGGUUUAAGGAUAGGCAGAAAAAAGAAAGGAAGUUGAUUAUUCAAAUUGGUAUGCAGCUAAUGUUGAUCCAGAUGAUUUGAAAAAGUAUGUUAAGCAUUUUGAUUUAGACAUAAAGAACUAUUAGAUAGAUAACAUUUUAGUGGACCUUUUUGGGAAGGAAAGCCUAUGCCAAAGUCUAUAUUAGAUGAAGAUAAUCCAAAUACAUUAAUGUUUAGUGAUGAACGUCCAGAAAAAGAAUUGAAUCCAAAUACGAAACAAGAGAAGUAAGGAAAAUUUGAAAGAGUUAAAAGAUGAUU